AAUCUUUAUUCGAAAAGCUAACAACCUAUCUGGCUGAAGUGCAAGAAGCUGAUUUUGCUGCCACUAUCGCUGAGCCUCAUGAGACCUUUUAUGAGUUCUUAGAGGCAGCAACAGGAGCCCCUCAUGACAAAGAUCAAAAU